UAGGCGCAAAGGGCCUGGUUCGUGACUGCCUGCCGAUCGGCCAGCCAGUAGACAGCCCACUCGGUGGGGGAGGCGGCCGGUGUGGUGGCCCCAGGCCGCGUGGCCCAGUGGUGGUGGAGCCAUGGUGUCUAAACUGAGCCAGCUGCAGACGGAGCUUCUGGCGGCCCUGCUCGAGUCAGGCCUGAGCAAAGAGGCGCUGAUCCAGGCCUUGGGGGAGCCGGGGCCCUACCUGCUGGCCGGAGAUGGCCCCCCGGACAAGGGGGAGUCCCGCAGCGGUGGCAGUCGGGCGGAGCUGGCCGAGCUGCCCAAUGGGCUGGGGGAGGCAAGGGGCUCCGAGGACGAGACGGACGACGAUGGGGAAGACUUCACACCGCCCAUCCUCAAAGAGCUGGAGAACCUCAGCCCCGAGGAGGCGGCCCACCAGAAGGCCGUGGUGGAGACCCUGCUGCAAGAGGACCCGUGGCGCGUGGCCAAGAUGGUCAAGUCCUACCUGCAGCAGCACAACAUCCCACAGAGGGAGGUAGUCGACACCACCGGCCUCAACCAGUCGCACCUGUCCCAGCACCUCAACAAGGGCACCCCCAUGAAGACACAGAAGCGAGCGGCCCUGUACACCUGGUACGUCCGCAAGCAGCGAGAGGUGGCCCAGCAGUUCACCCACGCAGGGCAGGGUGGGCUGAUUGAAGAGCCCACAGGGGAUGAGUUGCCGACCAAGAAGGGGCGGAGGAACCGUUUCAAGUGGGGCCCAGCCUCCCAGCAGAUCCUGUUCCAGGCCUACGAGAGGCAGAAGAACCCCAGCAAGGAGGAGCGAGAGGCACUGGUGGAGGAGUGCAAUAGGGCGGAGUGCAUCCAGAGGGGGGUGUCACCAUCGCAGGCACAGGGGCUGGGCUCCAACCUCGUCACGGAGGUGCGCGUCUACAAUUGGUUUGCCAAUCGGCGCAAGGAAGAAGCUUUUCGGCACAAGCUGGCCAUGGACACAUACAGCGGGCCGCCACCGGGGCCAGGCCCGGGCCCUGCGCUGCCAGCCCACGGCUCCCCGGGAUUGCCCCCGCCCGCCCUCUCCCCCAGUAAAGUCCACGGCGUGCGCUAUGGACAGCCGACAACCAGCGAGGGGGCAGAAGCGCCCUCAAGCAGCGGUGGUCCCUUGGUGACGGUGUCUGCACCCCUACACCAAGUGUCCCCCACGGGCCUGGAGCCCAGUCACAGCCUGCUGAGCACCGAAGCCAAGCUGGUCUCAGCAACCGGAGGCCCUCUCCCCCCUGUCAGCACCCUGACAGCUCUGCACAGCUUGGAGCAGACAUCCCCAGGCCUCAACCAACAGCCCCAGAAUCUCAUCAUGGCCUCACUUCCUGGGGUCAUGGCCAUUGGGCCCGGUGAGCCUGCCUCCCUGGGGCCCACCUUCACCAACACAGGUGCCUCCACCCUGGUCAUUGGCCUGGCCUCCACUCAGGCACAGAGCGUGCCGGUCAUCAACAGCAUGGGCAGCAGCCUGACCACGCUGCAGCCAGUCCAGUUCUCCCAGCCACUGCACCCUUCCUACCAGCAGCCACUCAUGCCCCCCAUGCAGAGCCACGUGGCCCAGAGUCCCUUCAUGGCCACCAUGGCCCAGCUGCAGAGCCCCCACGCCCUCUACAGCCACAAGCCUGAGGUGGCCCAGUACACCCACACGGGCCUGCUUCCGCAGACCAUGCUCAUCACCGACACCACCAACCUGAGUGCUCUGGCCAGCCUCACGCCCACCAAGCAGGUCUUCGCCUCAGACACGGAGGCCUCCAGCGAAUCCGGGCUGCAUACGCCGGCAUCUCAGACCACCACGAUCCACAUCCCCAGCCAGGACCCCGCCGGCAUCCAGCCCCUGCAGCCCACCCACCGGCUCAGCGCCAGCCCCACCGUGUCCUCCAGCAGCCUGGUGUUGUACCAGAGCUCCGACUCCAACGACGGCCACAGCCACCUGCUGCCAUCCAACCACAGUGUCAUCGAGACCUUCAUUUCCACACAGAUGGCUUCAUCUUCCCAGUAACCACGGCAACCGCCCCCCAGGGGCUGGGUCCUGCCUGGAGCGCGCCUGGCGUACUUGGGGGGUGACUGGGACAUGUGAGCCUGUGAAACUUCCACUGCCACAAGAGAGCGGCCUUCCCUGGAAAACUGCCACCCUGCUCUGUCAGCAACGGAAAGGAGGGUUUCAAGGCGCCCCGACCUCAGGAGGGCUGUUUCAGUGCACGAGAGGGGACUGUGGAGAGCUGGGAAGCAGAGCAAGACGCGGACAAGAGGGACUGUCCCUGCUGCUCAGGGUGAAUCUUGCCACUUGGAACAGAAGGGGACAGCCUUUGGACUUUGUACCUCCAGCCUGUGCCUGUGGAGACCCCCGGGAACCCCCAAGGGAACCCUUGUAGCCGCACUCCUCGGGACACAAGCCUGCGUAGCUGUGACUCACGGAGCUCAGUGAGAGGCCCAAGAUCAACUUGGCCCCGCCCUGUCACCUGUGCCCUGACCAGGCCCCUCCACCCUGCCCCAGUUCCAGCUAUUGACCCCUGCGCCCCACUCACAUUAGCAUUCUCCGAGUGGCUACCCAGUGCCCGGGCUGGGGCUCAGAUGCCCACGCCCCAGGAGGGCUCAGGCUAGCAGCCAAGGCAUGCAGGGCUCUCCAGCUUCUCUCGUCCUCAGCCACCCCUCCCCUGGCUUCCAAGAUGGCUGGUUCUCUCGGCCAUUCAUCCCCCCCCACCCCACACAGAAGGUGUGGUAAGAAGGGCACCACACCUUCUCACGCCAGCCUGGCAUCUCGCCUCAAUGGGAAAGCCCCCCUCAGGACUAGGAAGUCCGUCUUGCCCCACGGGAGCCUUGUGACUCUGCGCCCGGUGCCGCUGUUGAGAUUCUGAUAACAGCUCCUCUGGCCCGUGGGGCCCUGCAGCCCCUCCCUGGUCUGGGGGACAAGCUGCUGGGGUCAGAAGGCAGCAAGGCCUGAGCAGAUGACAGAGCUGAGGUGCCCAGAGGGUGAGGGGAGAGAUGAGACCGGAGAGGAGCUCCCCGUGGGGACGGGGCUGAUGCCUGGAAGCUUGGGAGCUCGGCUGGCUGAGGGAUGUGGAGGCCAGGGGGUCACAGCCACACCCAGGAGCCUGAGGUCCUGAGUGCCACCAGGAGGAACACUGUCAGCCCGGGGCUCUAUGACCUCCUCUCCAGGAAGGGGCUGCUGCAGAUAACUUGGCCUUGAGGGCUGCUCCCACCCUGGACGGAGGAAAGGGCCGGGGCAGAACCAGCACCCCCGAGGCUUGCAGCCAGCCAAGAGCCAACCUGUACUUUUAUUUAACUUGUAGUAAAGGAAAUGAGGAAUGGA